AUGCCGCGUGCAUUAACUCUAAACGCAGGCGAAGGCGGUCGUCCAGGCAAGGUCUACUACCCGCUACAGGUGAAGCAGGUCCCGAAACCAAAGCCAGGCCCUCACCAAGUCCUCGUCCGGAUAAAGGCAGCAGCGCUCAAUCACCGCGAUUUAUGGGCUCGCCGGCAUUUGUAUCCCGGGCUGUCGCUGGAGAACCCGCUGCUGGCCGACGGCGCCGGUAUUGUCAUCGAGGCGGGAUCCGAGGUCAAACGCACCGAGCUCCUCCACCAAGCAGUCAUCCUGACCCCGAUGCGAGGCUGGGAGAGCGAUCCCGUCGCGCCCGAGGAUCCGCAUCGAUUCGCCGUCAUUGGCGCUACUCUUCUCUGCGAAGACGGCACCGGGCAGGACUACCUCGCCGUGCACGAAGACGAGGUAGAGCUCGCGCCCCGCCAUCUGAGCCCGGCAGAGUGCGCAGCGCUCCCCUUGUGCGGCCUGACCGGCUGGCGGGCGCUCGUCUCCAAGGCGGGCGUCGCCGGCCCCGGCAAGAACGUGCUGGUCACGGGCAUCGGCGGCGGCGUGGCGCUGCAGGUCUUGCAGUUCGCCGUGGCCUUUGGGAGCAACGUGUACGUGACCUCAGGCGACCGGGCGAAGAUUGCCAAGGCCGUCGCCAUGGGCGCCCGCGGCGGCGUCAGCUACAGGGAGCCUGGCUGGGCCGCCGCGCUGCUGGAGAUGCUUCCCGACGAGCACCCGUACGUGGAUGCAGUCGUCGACGGCGCCGGCGGACGCUUGAUUGCCGAGGUGGCGCCCAUUAUGCGCCCCGGCGGUGUCAUUGCGCAGUACGGCAUGACCGUCGGCAACAAGAUGGACUGGCAGAUGCGCGCCGUCUUGGCCAACCUCGAGCUCAAGGGCUCGACCAUGGGCUCGAGGCGAGAGUUUCGCGACAUGGUUGCAUUCGUAGACAAACACAAGAUCAAGCCGGUUGUAAGCCGGGCCGUGAGAGGACUGAGCGAUCUUGAGGCUAUUGAGACUCUCUUUGUCGAGAUGCAGGCCGGGAGACAAUUCGGCAAAUUGGUCAUUGAAAUUGACGAUGAGCCCCAGUCCCAAUUGUAA